UGUUCUAAAAUAUACAAGACUAUUGUGUUUCUGUGGUUGUGCUGGUACUAUGCGGCAGUCUGAAAUUCAGCAUAGCGUGCUCCCAGCGUUUGUAAAAUUCCCGUCAGCUCCGUGGCUGCACAGUGCGGGCAUUGCGUUUGUACUGGCGUUUUCGAACACUAGCGAGAUGGUAACUUCUCGUUUUAACGCAACAGAUUUAAGCAAGCUGUUGAAAAAGCCUAAUGCGUGUGUUUUUCUCCGAAAGUCUAAACGACAUAUAGCUCUCACUCCUAAAGCUUUAAACAACACCAAUGACUCCGUUCUUGUUCACUUGAACAGGCUAGUCAGAAAGUUUGAUCCAGAGCUGGAUGCUGUGGUUUUAGGAUGUCGGAAUGUUAGCAUUCUCACGAAUUUGGGCACCAUUGUGGAUGACUCUCCCCAUGUACACCUUGAUAUUGAAGCUGAAUUUUAUUUAUUUAAACCAGAGAAGGACAGCUUACUUUCAGGUGUCGUAAACAAGAAGAGUAGAGACAACAUUGGCUGUUUAGUUCAUGAUAUAUUUAAUGUAUCCAUUCCUAUAGAACCAGAUGAAGGAAUUGAUAUUGACAAUAUAAGCAUUGGGCAAACAUUGACGUUCUGUGUUGUAGUGGUUGAUUUUUCACAUCCAAUUCCUUUCAUAAAAGGAAAACUCAUUGAUUCUCGAGCACAAUCUCCGGGUAAGCAGGCUUCCGAUGGCAAAAAAAGGAAAAGGAGUGACCAGCUCGAAGUGUGCAAAAAGAUGAAAUUGGAAAUUGACUCCCCCUUAUGUGCAGAAGAUAAUGUUAAUACCUUUACACCACCUAUUAAAUUUCCUACUUCUAUUCUUAAAAAAACUACUCCAUUUGGUGUUGAGAGCAGUCCUGCAAGGAGAAUAUCGUUUUUUGGUGAUGUACCUGAGGCUCCAAAUGAAACAAAUACUACUGAAGGCAAAGCCAAAAAGAAAAAGAAGAACGAAGCCUCAUUUUUGGAAGAGAGCCCUUCUCGGCGGAAGAAAAAACCGUCUGUCAGUUCACUUGGCAAUGAACCAGAAACUGAAGUUGAAAUUCAAGACAGUAGACAAAUUGAUUCUGAUUCAACUGGUAAUCAAAAAGUGAAGAAAAAGCAUUCUGAGCAAACAGAUCAAGUUCAUGAUUUUGCAGAUGAACCAGAGCAAGACUUCAACAUUUUACAAGAUUUUAAAGUCCAUUCAAAAAAGACAAAAAACAAAGCUGCUUUUGAAAAUUCUUCAAAGUUAAUGGAAGCAGAUGAAAUAUCAAAAGAAAUUAAUGAUCUUUCAGCUUCACACUUAAAAACUAAAAAGAAGAGAAAAAAACAUGAAAUUUUAGAAGAGGUACCAGGAACGUGUAAUGCAAGCAAUAUUCAUGAAAAGAUCAAGAAACAAGGGAGCAGGAAUGAGAAUGAAACAUGGAUAACUAAACAAAACCACCAUGAUCAAGAGCAAAGUAACGAGACACCCAAUCGGAAGAAGUCAAAGAAAAGUAACAAAAUGGCCUUGAAUGAGCAAGAGAACACAAGUUACAUUACUGGCAAAGGAGAACAUUCUGAAGAGAAAGCCCAGGGUAGUCCUCAAAAAAGAAAAAAAAGAAUAUCUGAAGAAAAGGGAGAAUUGAAAAUAAGAGAGUUUAAUGUUGCAGAAAUUAUUAAUAAGACAGUGGAAGAUGCAAUGAAAAGUAAAAAGAGAAAAGAGAAGGGUAUAUCAGAAGUAGAUGUUCAACAGAAUGAAUCUUCUGUUUCUUCCCCAAAGAAGCAAAAUCCAAACUUCACAAAUGAAAUUAAACAAAGAAAGAAAGCAUUAAGAAAGGGUAAGAAAGAUCCUUUGCAGACUCUCACUUCUUUUUCAGAGCAUUGUGCCACAGAAGAGCAACAUCCUCAACAAAGCAUUUUGCAAGCUGUACAGUUAACACCAGUUGUCAAGAAAAAGAAGAACGAAAAAAUUAGUCCGGAGCAUGGUGAAGUGUCGGAUUCCAGAGUACAUGAAUAUUUUGGUAAAAAAGACAAGUCUUUCUCAGAAAACUCUAAAAUAAAAAGAAUAAUUAAUAGUACCACCAUAGAUAGUUCAAAUCGUUUGCAAGAAAAUCACUACAGUGGUGCUGGUGAUAAUGGUUUUGAAUCUUUGUCUCCCAUUAAGAAAUCUAAUGAUGAUAAUGAUGAUGAUGAUGAUGAUAAUGAUAAUGAAGAAGAAGAAGAAGAACCCUCAGGAUUCAUUACAUCUACCCAGAUUGAAGGUUCUAAAACUAAGAAGAUGGUUUCCAAUGCUGUAUCGUUUGGUAAUGAUCUUAAUGAAGUUUCUGUGAGAAAUUCCUUUUCUGAUUCAGAUUCAUUUGAUGUAGAAGAAUUUUCACUUAGUUAUGUACCUCAAAAUGUGAAACAAAAGAAAGAAAGUAAAGACCAUAUUGCAUCACCUAUCAGUUCUCAGGAAAGGAAAUCACAAAUCUCAGGUAACGGCAUAGAUGCUACAAACUCCACCAAUGUUACUACUAAACGUGGUAAACAUUCAGAUAUUGAUAACAUCAGCAACAAUAUGCUUGUACCUAGACUUUCUCCUUUUACUUCAAAGCAGAACAUGACUGUUCAAAGCAUGAACCAAAAACGCCAUUCCAAAUCUUCUGGAGCAGAUUCUAGCAUUAGUGAUUCAGAAUCUCAUUCUCGUGAACACAACAAGGAGCUACGAAUAUCUACAAUUAAAUCUACGGAAAUAUGUUCUCCGAAAUCAGUGAUUUCAAAAGGAGUGCAGACUGAUGAAGAAAGUGAUGGUGUAAAGAGUAAUGAACAUGCAGCAGGAAAAGAGAAGAAAAUGUAUUUCUCCGACAAACAAAUGAAAGUACAAAGUAGAACUCUUACCAAUACAAAGCAUAAGCGUAGUGAAUCUAAUGAUGCUGAUAGCACAGAUUCUGACCUGCCAACCUUCCUUAAAAAACCCACCAAGUUAUCAUCAGUAACUACCCAGAGUGGAAAUGUACCACAUGAACCUAAGGUAAGCAGUAGCAACACGCAUAAGAAAGGAACGAGAAAGUCGAAGAUAACGGAUGGAGGACCACAUCUUAAUCCUCAGAAGCAAGAUCCAAUGUCUCCUGUCAAAAAGAAUAUAUUUGACAAGCCGAAAAGCAAGGGAAUGGAUAAAAAACAUGACCCUGUAAGUAGUAGUGUUGAUUCAAAUUUACAUCUAUCCAAGAAAGCCAAACCAGCAAAACAAAAGCAAUUCCCUAAUUCGUAUCAAGAACAUGGUUCGGACAGUAGUAGUUCCGACUCUGAUGUACCAUCACCCAAGCAUUUACCUCCAUCCAAGGCUGCCAAAACAAAAACACAAAAGGAAGUUCAUGUUUCAUAUCAAGAACAGGACAGCAGUAGUUCUGAUGCAGAUUUACCUUUGUCCAUGGAUGUGCCUCCAUCCAAGGCAGCCAAAACAACUACACAAAAGCAAUUCCCAGUUGCACAUAAAAAACAAGCCUCUGUAAGUAGUAGUGUUUCGAUUUAUCUCUAUCCAAGGCGACCAACUAAUAACACAAAAGCAGAUCCCUGUUUCGUAUCAAGAACAUGGCUCGCACAGCAGUAGUUCUGACUCUGA